AUGGUUACUCCAAAGUCACACAUUGUGUCCAUGUCCAAGAAGAUUAUUAAGCCUUCUUCUCCCACUCCAUCUUCACUUAGGCGUCACAAUCUCUCUUUCUUGGAUCAGAUUGUUAGUCCUUUACAUAAUCCACUUGCUUUCUUCUAUCCUAAACCCGAAAACUCAUCGUAUGACAUAAACCAUAUAUCCACACUUCUUCAAAAUUCCCUGGCAAAUCUAUUAACCUCCUAUUAUCCAUUUGCUGGAACUUAUAACGAUAACAUAUUUAUCGAUUGUAACGAUGUAGGAGCUGAGUUUUUUAAUGUUCAACUCGAUAUCCCCAUCUCUGAAAUUCUCGACCAUCCUUAUUAUAAUGAUGAUAUAAAUUUAGUUUAUCCACAAGGUUGUCCUUGGAACACAUAUGACGGAACUUUAGUAGUCGCUCAACUAACACUUUUUGAUUGCGGUGGAAUAGCAGUCAGCGUAUGCAUCUCACAUAAGGUCGCGGAUGCAUAUAGUGUAAUCAAAUUCAUUACUGAUUGGGCUAAUUUAACUCGUGAUUCGAGUCAUGCAAAACCGUCUAUUCUGUUUGAUGGAACUUCUUUUUUCCCACAAGUUACUGAUACUUCAACUUUACCUGAUUUUGAUGUUAGAAAUGACGGAAAUUGUGUGACUAGAUUGUUUCAUUUCUCGUCGUCUGGAUUAGACAAGCUCAAAAUCAUAGCAGCUGCAGAAUCAGGCGUUGAAAAUCCGAGUCGUGUUGAAGUUGCUACAGCACUUAUACAUAAACAUGCCAUGAUUGCUUCAGGUUCAUUUAAACCAUCUUUACUCUGCCACAUCAUGGGUCUUCGCCCACCGUUGCCUUUAAACAGCAUCGGAAAUGCUUGUAGCUUCUUUGUCACGUCAACACAAACAGAAGAUGAUAUGAAACUGUCCAAUUCAGUAGCUGUACUAAGAAAAUCUAAGGAACAACUUCGCGAAAAAUUGAAAAAUGUGACUCAAAGUGACAUAUUUUUUAAAGUGCUUGAAAUAACGCAACAGGGUGCAGAGUUACUGGAAUGCGUAAACAAGGAUGAUGUGUAUAAGUGUAGCAGUUUGUGCAAUUUCGGACUAUACAAUAUGGAUUUUGGAUGGGGGAAGGCCAUAAGAGUAAGCUCGGUGAGUCGCGGAGUGAAGAAUCAGAUAUUUUUCAUGGAUAGUCCAACUGGAAAUGGGAUGGAUGUAAUGGUAACUUUGGAUGAAAAAGAGAUGGAAAUAUUUCAAAGUGACAAAGUCAUCCUUGAAUAUGCUUCUCCAGUUGUGAAAAUGUAA